AUGUCGAAUCUUCAGCAACCGCCCGCUGGAACCCCAACAAGCAAUGUCCUCGACGGCGACAGUGUCCUUAACCUUCUCCAGGAACUCCUCCCGGCACAGCACCCAAGCCAAGCAACCGCCACAACCACAGAAACCGAGACCUCGGCAUCAACAGACAACGAACAAGAAACCUCCUCCUCCUCUUCUUCUCCUUCCUCAGCAGCAACGACGACCCUCCUCAAGUCUGAAUAUGAAGGACUCGCCGCUCUCUCGCAUGCUAUCAUGACCGCAGUUGGGUUCCGACUUAUCGGGUUGGGCGAAGAUGAUUCUGUAGAAGCUGAACGACGCAACAUCGAUGAACUCUCGAGAGCAAACGUCUUGCCGGAACGCUGGAACUCGUCCACGGAGAGCUACUCCUUCCGAUACACCCACUCGCACUCCCAGCUCACCUACGUUAUCAAGUGCAUGCGUAUGGCUGGCAAGUUCGUCAUCCAUGGCACGACCUUUGAGACGAACCAGAUUUGCUCGCUCGACAUUCAGGUCAAGGAUUUCACUUCGCCAUCAUACUUCCCUUUCACGACAAGGACCGAGGUUAACAAGGACCCGCUCUGGAAUGGCUUUAUUUCGCGGUCAAGGAUCAACGACUUUAUUGGACAGUUCAAGGUCAAGAUUGUUCAACAACUGAUCCCAGGAUUGUCCAAGCCCGGAUAUCAAGAAGAUCGCACCGCAUCAACAACCACUACAGCAGGCGAAGGAGGAGACAGGUUGCGAGACCCUGCUUCGACUGGUUCGUCAACUGGCGGUGGACGUGGACGCGAUUAUUACCCAGACGAUCCUUCGACAUUCCCCGGUUACCCUAGUCGACCUGGAUUCAUCCCUCGACCCCCAAUCUUUGGAGACCCAUUCUCGGCUGACGAGCCAGAUUUCGGAGGUGGAUACAACCCCUAUGAGAUUGGCCGCAGUGACCUGGAUCCCUUUGGAGGCCGUAUUGGUGGCGGUCUUGGAGGCAUUGGUGGCCCAGGUGGCUUCGGAGGAAUCGGUGGCAUUGGCGGAGGUGGUGGCGGCGGAAUGAUUGUUGGACCAGGUCAUCCCAUGUUCAGAAGACCUCCUGGUGGUGGUGGUGGUGGUGGUGGAAUUUACGGUGGCCCUCAGCCAUUGCCUCGUGGAUCUGUACCUCCUGGAGCUCGUUUUGACCCCAUUGGACCAUUCGGCCCCACAGGUGGAAAUGGCCGAGGUGGCGCACCUGGCGCUGGCUCUGCUCAUCAGGACCCUCAUCGUGGAGUUGGCGGUGUUCCUGGACAAGGACGCGGUCGCGGUGGACCCACUUCUACAUUCCCUGGAGAACCCGACAACGAUGAGGCUCCCCCACCAGGAUACAUGGACAUGUUCAUGUAA